ACAAGCUAAGUGGGUGAAGGAAGUGGAGUUCUCCACCCUCCGCCUUCUCUGACACUUCUCAUAAAUAUUACUAAGCUUUCAUCUAACGACUCACAGCAGAAAGUCACCUCUGCUUCGGGUUUGAACAAGCAUUAUUUUACCAGUCGUUGUUUAUCAGUUAAGAAGAGCAUUGUUUUUUUGUUGGUUUAGACUAUUUGUGUUCCGUGGCUUCUGGACUCGCUUGGUAGACAGUCCGUCUGUUUUGGUGCGCCGCUACGGCAGUUUUCUACCCAACUUUGUGCGCCUUGUUGCGCUCUGCGCACCCGAGGAGUCGUUGCCUCUCACAUGGUGUAGACGGCUCUCUAUCCGGCUUUCGCGCUGCUGUCCACACAGCCAGGACUUUGUGAAACUCAACGUCCAAUACUUGCAGAUACUCCAAAAUCCAUCUUGAUAGCUGGAAUUUUAUAAUCCUUGGAAAAUAUACAGUUGGCCGACUCAGGAGUCAGGACUUUACAUAAAUCUAUUGGUUUCAGCGAAAACUGUAGAUUUUAUGUUUUGAUAUCGUUCAGCUGAUGCUUUUGCACAGACAGAGGAUUUUGAUUCUGAAAAUAGAAAAUAAACGACAGUGUCCACGAUGAGCAAACCCGCCGGUUCAACAAGUGGGUGUUUGGAUAUUCUGAAUGUUAAAUCAAGUCGUAUCUUGGAUAUCCCGUGUAAAGUGUGUGGGGACCGGAGCUCUGGGAAACACUAUGGCGUGUACGCGUGUGACGGCUGCUCUGGCUUCUUCAAGAGGAGCAUCCGCAGAAACAGGACAUACGUCUGUAAAUCAGGUUCUCAGGGAGGAUGCCCCGUGGACAAAACGCACAGAAACCAAUGCCGAGCGUGCCGUUUGAAAAAGUGUCUUGACGUGAACAUGAAUAAAGACGCCGUUCAACACGAGAGGGGUCCCAGGACUUCCACCAUACGCAAGCAGGUCGCCCUAUAUUUCCGGGGGCACAAAGAGGUGAACGGUUCAUCGACCCACUUCCCGGGCUCGAGCCUACCGGGGCCGCCGUUUUUCACUACGGUCACGCAAUUGGAGCCACAUAACUUGGAAAUGAGCACCGUAGCCAGCACGCCGGAGAGGCAGGCCAUCGUUGGACUGGCCCAGCCCACCCCGAAGUACCCUCACGAGGUCAGCGGCACGCCCAUGUACCUCUACGAGGUCGCUACGGAGUCCGUGUGUGAGUCAGCUGCGCGCCUGCUCUUCAUGAGCAUCAAGUGGGCCAAGAGCGUUCCCGCCUUCUCCACGCUCCCCUUACCUGACCAGUUGAUCCUGUUGGAGGACGCCUGGAGGGAACUGUUUGUUCUGGGCAUAGCGCAGUGGGCCAUUCCGGUGGACUCCAACACCCUGCUCGCUGUUUCCGGUAUGAACACAGACAACACAGAGUCCCAGCGGUUGAAUAACAUAAUCUCAGAAAUACAAGCCCUGCAGGAGGUCGUUACUCGCUUCAGACAGCUGCGUCUGGACGCAACCGAGUUCGCCUGUUUGAAGUGCAUCGUCACGUUCAAAGCUGCUGUGCCAACGCAUGGCGGGUCAGAGUUGAGGAGUUUUCGCAACGCCAGUGCCAUCGCUGCACUACAGGAUGAGGCACAGCUCACCCUAAACAGUUACAUACACACCAGAUAUCCAACUCAGCCCUGCCGCUUUGGGAAGCUGCUUCUGCUUCUACCAGCUCUGCGGUCAGUCAGCCCGUCCACCAUAGAGGAAGUAUUUUUCAAGAAGACCAUCGGGAAUGUGCCCAUCACAAGGCUCCUGUCUGAUAUGUACAAAUCAAGCGAUAUAUGAGUUUAUUUCCCCUGCUUUUGAGUGUCUGCAAAUGCUCAGACACAAAUGUUCUAAUGGGCGCAUGGCAAGUUGAACUUUAAGAACAGAGUAAUUUGUAAAUUACAUGCAUAUUGAAGACAGUAAAAAAAACUUGAUUUUACCAAGUAGAACAAUCAUCUUUGAGUUAGGCUUAAGUUUUGAGGAUGUAAUUUCCCUAAUAGAAUUGCCUAGCCAAUUUAAGUAGGUUACAAUUUCACAAAAUACUGCAAUUUCUGGUUUUUACAAAAUAAGGAUAAUCUUCAAUUGUAAAGACUUUAACAGUGGAAUGAGCUGUCCAUAAUUGAUGAACCUAUAAAAACGUGGAGAUGUUUUUGAGUGUCUCUAAGACCAAUGAGCUUCACAACAAAUGCCCUUUCAAUCUUUUAUUGCAUCGUUCAAUCUGAGUGAAUGGAAGAAACCAAAAAAGAUUACUCGCAACUCGAGCCACGGUCAAAUGUGAUAUGGGUUGCACUUGACCCAGUGCUGAAACCAAAGGCCGUGGAGCAUCACAACUGCCGAAGAGGAGGCACCACCUCCUCAAGAUGGGACAACACCGACUGUUCUCUACAAGCUCGUGUGAUGAUCCCAUACACUCAGAGGAUUGAGAGGAAAGAGCCGAUCAGGGCCCUUUUUCAUUUUUUUUAAUCUAUCUGGAUUUCGCCUAUCGGAUAGGAUUAAAUGUAUAUAAACAUCAUUAACAGUAAAUGAUUAGUCUAUUCUAUUAAUUAUAUUUCUAUGCAUUUAAUCCUCCCUGAUAGGGGAAAACUAUAUACAGUACCAGUCAAAAGUUGACAC